AAUGGAGAUCGACUUGGGUACGGUCUCUGCCUCUCGGCUCUUUGCCAUGUAUACAUCAAAUCUUGUCUGGUCAUUAUUUCUAACCUCUACAGCUCUUCAUGCAGUUGCUUUAAUUACUAGUCCAGUUCAAGCUGUUCAUAAAUGGGUACGAAGGCAAAGCAGUGACAGUGAUACUCCCAUUCCAUACAUUUGUGCAGUUAUUGGGUCUGCACUAUGGCUUCGGUAUUCAAUAUUUCUUCGGGACACAAAGCUUAUCCUUUUGCAGACAUAUGCAGUUUCAAUGCAACUAUUCUUCGUGAUUGCACUCAUUUUCUACCGUACCAAAAGACGAAAGUUAAUUCGUCUAAUGACUGGAAUUGCAGCUGCUCUGUCUUUACUCUUCUUGUACAUUGGUAAUAUGAAUGAUGAAGACGGGAAAGAAUUCACUGGCCGCAUCGCAUCUGGCGCUCAAAUUGCUGGGUCUCUGGUCUGUCCGUAUCUAAUAUACAAAGCAGUAACAUCGAAAUGUAUAGAUUUUGUACCCCUGGCUCCAGUGGUCUUCACGUGGGUAAUGGAGCUCCACGCGAUCGUUUAUAGUAUUGGUAUUGAUGAUUUUUACAUGCUGUUAGCCAACGUGAUCUUCUUCUGUAUGGAUGGUUCACUUCUCUCGAUGUUCUUCGUGUAUCCAACGGAAAAAAAGAAGAAAAAUUUGAAAUCGUCACCAAUUCCAACAGUCAUGUAACCCAGAAUGCUUCGUGUUUUGGUCAAAGCAUCUCAGGUUUUCUAUCAAUUUUCUCUCCAACACCAAUUUAAUGUUGCUUCUCUCUCCUCCUCCCACUCCCAAUUCUCAAUUUUUCGAAAUAAACGGGUACCAGUUCCUU